AGGGCGUUCACACACUGGUGAUGCAAAGGAACCACAUCAAGCGUCUGCAAGGAAUGCUCGAUCUCCCAAAAUUGGUGCGUCUGGAUCUUAGCCACAAUGGUAUAGAGACAAUCGACGAGCAAUAUCUGUCAGGAUUACCCAAACUCCAAUAUCUCACUCUAUCGUAUAAUAGUAUUCACGAACUACAGCCAAACAUUUUCAGGAAAACAGUAUCACUGACACAUGUGAACCUUAAUGGUAACCGCAUUUCUUCAGUGGCAAGAGUGUUCAGUCAUCUACAUCGUUUAGAGGCACUUGAUCUCAGCAAGAACAAGAUUUGUGAUGCGGAUAGGACGCGAAGCAUUAAGGUCAUAGACCUGUCUUUUAACGGCAUUGGGGACAUCAGCAUUGCCUUUAGGGGCCUGACUGAGCUCCGUGAGCUUAACUUGAAGAGCAAUAUAAUUUCCAGGAUUCAGGACGAUACUUUUCGGGACAACGUGUUGCGCCUGCACAGAAACCAUAUUGUUUCCUUCAACGGUUCUGUGAGCAAUCUCCCUCAAUUGGAAUAUCUUGGUGCGUCGUACAAUGCCAUAUCGAGAUUGGAAGUUGGGGAGUUCGGAAACGACGCCGCUCUGGUGGCUAUUCGCCUGGAAGAGAAUAACAUCACUGACGUGCAACAUGCAUUCGUCGGAGCCACUUCUCUGCGGUCGUUGACCCUUGCAGGAAAUGGAGUGCGGCUGCUCCGAAGGAGUGACUUUGCGCCGGAGCUCUCCGGCGUUGCAGUUGUGAGGAUUACCAACAACCCUUUGAUCUGCGACUGCAGACUGGCUUGGCUCAGAGAAGAGGACAGUGACAUUCAGAUGAGAGGAAUCGCGACGUGUGCGAAACCGCAGCGGCUAAAAGGAAAGCCACUGGGCAUACUAGCGAAAGAAGACUUCCUCCGGUGGGAAGAUGAGUGCGAGCCUGGAUGUCAUUGUGAAUGCCACGAAGGAUCACUUGGUGAGCGAGAAAUCAGUGUGAAUUGCUCGUCGGCAACUGUCGGCAGGAUUCCCAAGGUAUUGCCGAAAGGUACGACGCAACUGGAUCUGAGCGGAAAUCAACUGCGUAUCUUGGAUGACACUAUCACAAGAGCGGCACCUCAUCUGCGAGUACUAUCACUGAAAGACAAUUUAUUGUUGAGUGUUAACGUGAGCUCCAUACCGACAACAGUAAAUUCUCUCGAUUUACGCGGCAACAAGCUCAGGUGGUUGCCGUUUUUACUGCUCACACAGCUCAACGUCACGUCUAUCUGGCUGUCUGGUAACGAUUACACCUGCGAUUGCGCUGACUACAACUUGAGACAGUGGAUACAAGCACAUGGAAACGUGAUUCAGGAUGCCAGAGGCAUCAUGUGCGGGAAAGGUCCCAAUGCACUCGUGUCAAGAAAAAAAUUCUUCACCCUUGGGCAGAAGGACCUCUGCCCAGCGGCGAUACCGCAAGGAGUGGUUUAUCUCCUGAUAGCUUUCGGUGUUUUGACUGUUCUUUUGGCGCUGUCAGCCACAUAUCUGCGCUACAAGCACGUGCUAAGGACGUGUCUGCGUGACCACGGCGUUCGUGGUUUGGCAUGGCGCGUCGAAGAGGACGACGCGGACAAGCUGUUCGAUGUGUUCGUCUCGUUCAGCAGCAAAGACAUUGCCUGGGUACACGAUCAAAUCCUCCCAGAACUGGAGGCCAUGGGACUCUCGCACUGUACUUACGAGCGAAACUUCAAGGGCGGCUACCUUCUCCAGGACAUCAUUCGCGACGCUGUCGCCUGCUCACGGCGGACGCUUCCUGUACUUACAGAGAACUUCCUGGCGAGUGAGUGGUGCCGCUUGGAGUUUCGGUUGGCGCACCAGCGCGCAUUGCAGGACAACAUAAACCGGCUAGUCAUUGUGCUGCUGGACGAACUGCAUCCCAGUGAGCUCGAUGAAGACCUGCGGCUGUACGUGCGGUCAGCGAACUACCUGCGUUGGGGCGAACCGAACUUCUGGGACAGGCUGCUGCACUCGCUGGCCACGAGAGGCGCCCAGAGAAAGCUCAUCGUCAAGGGGGAGCAGAGGCUGACGCAGUUGACUGACAACACCACUGGCGCAAUCGAACUGACGUAGGUCAUCUGAAUAAUGCAUAGAAUCCACUGAAGAACGGACACGGAUGAAAACUGUACGCACAGUGGACACGUGGCAUAAGAAUUAGUAGAACUCUUUCUGCUUGUAUACGCUUAUUAUUUUCAUGUAUGAAACGUUAUUGGUUGACAAGAUCAUGUAACCCAGCCUAGGUAUGUUUGAACUCCCCAACCAAUGAACUGUACCUCACUGAGCUUAAGUUUCCGAAAGGAGUGCUUAAGCCCAUUGAGAUCAACGAAAAGUAAACCCAACGAAAAGCCGAACGAAGCAUAUGCACCUUUCUGGACACAUACCAACCAGUGCCCCUUGCGGCCGCGGCUAGAAGCUAGCGCGUUUUCAAUGGAAAGAGCCGGUUUUUUGCGAAUGAUUAAGCGUACUGGGCGCAUGGUGAAAAACGCAGACCACAAAGCGCUUCUAUGGACCGAAACGCACGAGGCGACUGCAGCGUUCACGUCGUGGUAACCUUAAAUUUUGUUCCCAGAGCACGUAAAGAUCGUACAAUUUGUGUCUGUGGAAACGACGAAAAUUUUGGCCGGUUAUUCGAAACAAAAUGCUCACUGCGAUAAAACUAAGACAGCUAUCUUAAUGGACAGUAGAUCGCAUGCAGUUUGGAAUCUCAGCUUUCGAUUGAUGUCAUUCUCACCUU